AUGGCUUCAGAUAUCGUCACCAGAGAGCUUGAAGAGCCCAUCGAUGUAGCGGAGUAUCUCUUCCAGCGACUGCGUCAGAUGGGAAUUAAAUCCAUCCAUGGGGUCCCCGUUUUGUUAUUUGCCUUUGGAUAUAAUGCUAAGAGCAGAAUAGGAUAUGCUGCCGAUGGCUAUGCACGCAUCAAUGGGAUCUCGGCAUUGUUUACAACAUUUGGAGUGGGAGAACUCUCGGCUCUCGAUGCCAUUGCUGGAGCAUAUUCUGAAUAUGUCCCCAUAGUGCAUAUUGUUGGCCAACCGAGCACAGCCUCACAAAGAGAUGGAAUGCUUCUUCACCAUACCUUGGGAAAUGGUGAUUUUAAUGUCUUUGCCAAUAUGAGUGCCGGAAUUUCCUGCUCAGUGGCAAAGCUGAAUGAUCCCCGUGAUGCUGCCGCGUACAUUGAUAGUACCCUAAAGGAAUGCUGGGUCCGCAGCCGACCAGUGUACAUUACUCUGCCUGUUGAUAUGGUCAAGCAGAAGAUCGAGGGGAAGCGCUUGAAAACUCCAAUAGACCUGCGACUUCCCGAUAACGACCAGGAAAAGGAAGACUACGUGGUUGAUACUGUACUGAAAUACCUGCAUGCUGCAAAACGGCCGGCUAUCAUUGUUGAUGCAUGUGCCAUUCGUCACAAGGUUUUAGACGAAAUCCACGACCUGGUAUCAAAAUCAGGCCUUCCCACAUUUGUUGCUCCCAUGGGUAAAGGGGCAGUUGAUGAAACUCUUCCCAAUUAUGGCGGAGUUUAUGCCGGAGAUGGCUCCACUGCCCAAGUUCGGGAGCAUAUCGAAGCUUCUGACUUGAUUUUGAGCAUCGGAGGAAUCAAAUCAGAUUUUAAUACCACAGGGUUCACCUACAGAGUCAGUCGUCUAAACACAAUUGACUUCCACAGUAACUACAUUGUUGUUCGGUACUCGGAGUACCCUGGUGUCCGGAUGAAGGGGGUCCUCCGUAAAGUCAUCAAUCGCAUGGGUAAACUGAAUAUUACUGCUCCUCCAAAGCAGGAGAAUGUGCCAGAAGAGAGCCCUCAAUUUCCAGCCCCAGCUAUUACUCACUCCUGGCUAUGGCCAAAUGUGGGUAAUUGGCUGCAAGAGAAUGACAUUGUCAUUACAGAAACAGGAACCUCAAGCUUUGGCAUCUGGGGUACAAGAUUCCCUAAGGGAGUAACCGCCAUAAGUCAAGUUCUCUGGGGCAGCAUAGGCUAUUCCCUCGGAGCCUGUCAGGGAGCCGCUCUCGCAACCAAGGAGAAGACGCCACGCCGUACUAUCUUAUUUAUUGGAGACGGUAGCUUUCAGCUUACUGUUCAAGAGAUAAGCACAAUGAUCAGAAAUGGAUUAACUCCAAUAAUGUACAUCCAUGGAUGGAAAGCGACUUAUAAUGAUAUUCAAGAGUGGAAAUUUGGAGAAUUCCCGUCUGCAUUUGGAGCCCAGCCUGACAAAUUUGCAACAUAUCAAAUUCGAGAGAGGCAGGAACUCCUUGACUUGUUCUCCAACAAGGAGUUUUGCUCUGCAAAGCGUCUCCAAAUCGUUGAACUUCACACUCCACAAGAAGAUGCGCCAACCACGUUGAGAAUGACGGCCGAAAUGGCGGCAAAGAGAAAUGAGUGA